CAUCCCAGGUACCACUACCCAGUUCCUAAGAUCUUCUAUGUCCAGUUGUCUGUGGGCACUAAUGAGUUUAUUGGAGAGGGUCGGACUCGCCAGGCGGCCAGACACAACGCAGCCAUGAAGGCCCUGCAAGCCCUCCGCAAUGAACCCAUACCGGAACGCCCACCACAGAGCCCUGAGGAGCAAAAGGAGGUGGAUGAGGGGAGUGAUGCCUCUAAGUCAGAGAUCAGUCUGGUUUACGAGAUAGCCCUCAAGAGGAACCUGUCUGUCUGCUUUGAGGUCUUGAAGGAGAGCGGUCCCCCUCACAUGAAGAGCUUCCUGACCCGUGUGUCCGUAGGGGAGUUCUCAGCGGAGGGUGAGGGGAACAGUAAGAAGCUGUCCAAGAAGAGGGCUGCCCUCUCCAUUCUCCAGGACCUCAAGAAACUCCCCUUCACCCCGUUAGUGGAGAAACCCAAACUACACUACAAGAAACGCCCCAAGACCAUCCUCAAGACGGGUCCAGAUUAUGGCCAGGGGAUGAACCCCAUCAGUAGACUGGCUCAGAUACAACAGGCCAAGAAGGAGAAGGAACCAGAAUACCUGUUACUGUCUGAGAGAGGCAUGCCCCGACGCAGAGAGUUCAUCAUGCAGGUGAAGGUGUGUGGUGAGGUAACCACGGGAACGGGGCCCAAUAAGAAGGUGGCGAAGCGGAACGCGGCCGAGGCCAUGCUACUGCAGCUGGGGUACAAGGCCUCCACCUGCCCACAGAGCCCCGCUGAGAUGGACGACAAAGGCUGGAACGGACAAAAGGCGGCUUUUAACGAAACGACAAGUAACACCCAGAAGGGUCUCCUCCACCUCUCCCCAGACGUCUAUCAAGAGAUGGAGGCCAGUAGGAAACAGGGGAUCCCUGUUAACUACCUGACCCCCAAACUACCUGACCCCCUGGCCGUCCCCCUGUCCCCUGGACACACACCCUACUACAGCCCCCCCGCAGUUGCCACGGCAGCCAUGGCGAGGGAGCUGUUGAUGAACGGUUCAGGAGAGGGGAGGCCAGGGGAGAACAUGGGACCGAAGGGGAAGAGCUCUGUCCAGCCCUCACAGCAACUAGAGUACCUGGCCCGCAUACAAGGCUUCCAGGUGCUGUACAGCGAUGGUCAGAAUGGUAGAGAGUUCAUGACCUACCUGACCCUGUCACCUGUACAGAUGACCUUCCACGGCAUCGGGAGCUCUAUCCAAGCCAGCCAUGACCAGGCUGCUCUAAGUGCCUUGAAACAGCUGUCGGAGCAGGGAGUGGACACGGUGGACGGCCCUAUCAAGAGCAGCGAGGUGUGUGUCAGAGAGGACGGACACUAAACAGACUAACUCAGGCACCACCCACCACUCAGGUCGCCAUGGAUACAACAGGCUGUCGUCAAGGAGAUGACCCCUGACUCUUCCCCAUCACCCAUGACCCCUAUCCACAAUCCCCCAUGACCGCCGCUGCAUCCUGGCAACAACCUGGAACAACAUGCAAUGGAGUGUGUGGAUGUGUACCGAGAAAAAAAUAAAAAUAACCGACUAACUAGAAAAAGAUGGGGAAAAAAACUAUGAGUCUCUAUGUGAAGACAACACUAUCCUAACACAUUACAUGUAUUGAUCAUUUACGAGGAAUUAAAAAAUACAAAUAUAUAAAAACUAGAUUGAGUAAACACCUAGACUUUCCCCAUUGGAUAGAUGUGUUAUGGUAUGGGUCAAACCCAAUACGUUGGACAGAUGUGCUAUGGUAUGGGUCAACCCCAAAAUGUACAUCAUGACAUGAAGACAGAGGCAACAUUAUAGUGGGGAAACAAACUUGUGUAGCUUAUUUUCCAGGGGUGAUUAUGUUUCUGUUGAUUUUUUUUAUUUUAUUCAUCUAACAAUGCUUGAGUACUGUAUUAUAAAAUUAGCCAAUAGCAGUGCUGUGAAAGUUGUAGUUGUUGUCUUCUCAUACAGUAUAUAACAGCUUAUCUUUCAUGCUGACAUUAAUAAUAAAACAAACUUAAUCAUC